GGUGCUUCGCUGCUGAUCUCCAGGCAGCUGCGAGGGACUGGGUGAUGCUGUGUGGGAGAGGACACGGGGCGUGAGUCCUGCUCCACGGGUGACUCGGGUGGCGGAGCCCGGUACCAGCCCAGCGGCUCUCCCAGCUCUGGCGCUCUCCUGGGUGCGAAUUAACAUAGGAUAGAUUGGUAGAAAAUGGCUGGCACUUUUUCUGGAUAAACCACUGCAACUCUCCCUGGAAGUCAUCACCAGGUGCAUUUUGAAUAGUGUCUGAGACGAACUCAACCCAGAAGAGCAAAAUGAUCCUCAAUUCUUCUACUGAAGAUGGAAUUAAAAGAAUCCAAGACGACUGCCCCAAGGCCGGCAGGCACAAUUACAUAUUUGUCAUGAUUCCUACCCUCUACAGCAUCAUCUUUGUGGUGGGAAUAUUUGGAAACAGCUUGGUGGUGAUUGUCAUUUAUUUCUACAUGAAGCUGAAGACUGUGGCUAGUGUUUUUCUUCUGAAUCUAGCUCUGGCGGACUUAUGCUUUUUGCUGACUUUGCCACUGUGGGCUGUCUAUACAGCUAUGGAAUACCGCUGGCCCUUUGGCAAUCACCUAUGUAAGAUUGCUUCAGCCAGUGUCAGUUUCAACCUCUAUGCCAGUGUGUUCCUGCUCACCAGUCUCAGCAUUGAUCGCUACCUGGCCAUUGUCCACCCAAUGAAGUCUCGCCUCCGACGCACAAUGCUGGUGGCCAAAGUUACCUGCAUCAUCAUUUGGUUGAUGGCUGGCUUGGCCAGUUUGCCAGCUAUUAUCCACAGAAAUGUGUAUUUCAUCGAGAACACCAACAUCACAGUUUGUGCUUUCCAUUAUGAAUCUCAGAACUCAACCCUCCCCAUUGGGCUGGGCCUGACCAAGAAUAUUCUGGGCUUCAUGUUCCCUUUUCUGAUCAUCCUCACCAGCUAUACUCUUAUUUGGAAAGCCCUAAAGAAGGCUUAUGAAAUUCAGAAGAACAAGCCAAGAAACGAUGACAUCUUUAGGAUAAUUAUGGCGAUCGUGCUUUUCUUUUUCUUUUCCUGGGUUCCCCACCAAAUCUUCACUUUUCUGGAUGUCCUGAUUCAGCUGGGGGUCAUCCGCGACUGUAAAAUCGCCGACAUCGUGGACACUGCCAUGCCCAUCACUAUCUGCAUAGCUUAUUUUAACAACUGCCUGAACCCUCUGUUUUAUGGCUUUCUGGGGAAAAAGUUUAAGAAAUAUUUUCUCCAGCUUCUGAAAUACAUUCCCCCAAAGGCCAAGUCCCACUCAAGCCUGUCUACAAAAAUGAGCACACUUUCCUACCGCCCUUCGGAUAACAUGAGCUCAUCGGCCAAAAAGCCUGCGUCUUGUUUUGAGGUGGAGUGACAGGUCCAAAGUCUGCUGGUGAAGUAGUGUCCUGACAGAAGCCAGGGCAGCAUCCUACUAGACGGCACACUACCAAAGGAACAUUCACCCCUGCAUAGGAGCUAAGCAGAAAGUGCGUUCCAUGGACCGUAGAUGUUUUCUAAAACUCUGAGAGAAAGCUUUGACAAGCUCCCAAGCAAAGCCACUCCUUGCCACGUCUUUCGUUAUUAGAUGAUGGCUGCCCAAAGGAAGACUCAGGAGCUGGAUAGAUUUGUGGAUUAGGAAAACAUUUACUGGCAGAAAUGCACUCUCCUCAGUCUCCUCUUGCUAUGUUCCUUUUGAUUUCCACAUGAAGGUAUGUAGAACAUGUUAAAUAUUUAGACAAGCAACAAGAGGCAGGAAGAGGUCAAGAUAAUUUGUUCUGUUCAAUUUGUAAAGACAAGAAACCUUUUUUGUCUCUCUAGUGGUUAGUAAUGGCGACCCACUUGUCCCUGUUACUACAUAUAUUGUGCAAAGAUUUGCUAAGCUGUAGUCAUUGGGUUUCAGGACCCCUUUGUACAAUUCGGCCCGUGUGUUACAAAUGCCCACUGUCCCCAAACAGUGCCAACUAGUGGUGUAUUUAUGUAGCAGUGUUACCAAAGUCACACAUCAAAGUCAAACUGCUUGUAAUAACUGUGACUUCCUAGGUACAUCAGCUUCAUUUCACAUUUGAGAAUUGUAUACAGUUGGUGGUAAAUAGACUAUAUAUCGUAAAAUCUGUCUUGCUCUCUAAAAAAGUAUCUAUUCUCUACACAUAUGUAUAUCUAUAUCUCUGAACUGUCAUUUGAUGAAAAUCUGUCGAUGUUAUGUUUACCACACAAUAAAGUAAUUUUAUUGUAAAGUA